AUGGCGAGACUUGUGUGUAUCGACAUAGACAACACAUUAAUUCAUUUUAACUCGUCUAAUGAGAUGUUUCUUCCUCCAGAAAACGUUUCAACGAUUCAGAGAGCAAUUUCUCAAGGAAUUCAUGUGAGUAUCUGUACUGGUCGGAUGCCCAAUAGUGCUCUAAAAAUAGCAGAGCAAGUAGGUUUAGAUAAAUGUUAUAUGAUUUGUUAUAACGGCGCUUUAAUCAUGAAAGGUUCUGAGAUUAUAUACGAGAGUCGACUCAGUGGGUUACCUCUUGAAAAGUGUUUAUCUGUCAUUCAAUCAAAUGGCGUAUAUGCUCAAUUCUACGACGGCCCUUCCUAUUUCGUUGAUACAAAGCAACCACAGACUGAUUUAUACGAGCAAAAAAUCUUAGUCAAAGUCGCUGUCAUUGGCGGAGAGGUGUACACCAAAAAAAGUUAUUCAAAAAUUCUCGUCUUACCAAAAGACUUUGACGAGAAGAAGAAGUGGCUUCCUUUAUUUUCGACCAUUGAAGGAAUAUGUGUGACUGAGUCGUGUUCAAACUAUAUUGAAAUAACUUCCAGUGGGUCAACAAAAGGCGAAGCGGUCAAAGCACUUGGAUCUAUUUUAUCAAUUCCUCAAUCACAAAUUAUGGCUAUAGGCGAUUCAUAUAAUGAUGUGUCGAUGCUUGAAUUCGCCGGACUUCCUGUUAUCAUGGGAAAUGCUGAUGAUGCGCUCAAGAAUAAAGGCUGGUAUGUCACUUCAACGUGUGAAUGUGCUGGAGUAUCUCAGGCAAUGCAAAAAUUCUGCCAUUUGAUUAAUUAA